AUGGCAGCAGGCGUCACCGGCUGCCGGCUCAUGAUCAAGGCGAGGAUUGAAGGUUUAAAUGCCCUGGGCGAUCGCCGGGGGGGCAGGAUCGCUGAAACUCUCAAGGCUCAGAUUGACAUUGCAGACGUGCGGUCUCCUAAGGUAUUCGUGAUUGGCUCUGGGAGUCUCUUUGCUGUUCGAUUUUCAGGGCCCGAUCACAAGAUUCUCUCAAAGUUGCUGUACCAUCACCUGCUUGAGAACGGGGUUUACAUUGCUUCGAAGGGUUUCCUGGCUCUAACAAUUGAGAUCACAGAAGAGCACUUCUGGCCUCUAUUGGUUGCUGUGGACAGUUUCAUAGACAAGUAUCAUACCUCGGUGGCUUAG